AUGCUAGUUUGGUCCUUGCCCGCCAAGAUCCUGGCCCUCACGGGCUUCUUCAUCUGCGCGCAGGCUCUUCCCGGCCCGAGGGCGUCUGUGCUGAGCAAGCGCAUGUAUGCAACGGGCAGCCGAUCCACUUCUUCAGGAGAGCUGAGUUUCGAAGACGUGUACAACGGAGGUUUCCAGCCUGCACUGGGAACACGAGGAAUCACGCGCGACAUUCCACGCUUCUACAACGGCAUGUACUUCUACCACCGCGCACCCGUUUUAACCUUCUAUCGGGGUCAGAGAAUCCCAAAGGUCGACCUUGACGUCGCCUCGGCCACGUUCAACAAGUUUCACGUCUACGAUCUCGUCGAGGGUCGGUACACUACCAUCGAGCGCGAUGGAAGCGAUGCCGCCCGUGCGAUUCGAUCUGCCUGGCACGGAGACAUCGAAGCCUAUAUGCGGCGGGCUUUCUCCACCAGUGGACGAUUCGGACGACACAUCUCCCUCGUCGUCCAUUGCCACCCAGUGGAAACAGGAAGGUACAAGAAGAUCGCGGGUUUCAGGUGGCCAGAAUCGCCUCCGACCUGGAACACGGUCUUUCGGACCGUGCCCUUUAGGCAAGAUCCUCGACUGACCCAGGAUGAGGCAGAAGAGUUCCGCUUGAAUCUGAGGAGGAAGCUCGACACCCAGCGAUUCGCGCACUUCCGUAGCUUGGACAACUCCAGGGCCAUCGGUAUCAGGGCUCUUCAUAACGGUAACAUAGAGUACGAGGUGAGGGACAUGAUCGGACGCGUGUCGAGGUUCAACCCUUAG